AUGGUUGCCAACACACCAGAUGGCAUGUCUUUAGAAAAUUUAAGUAAACGUGCUUCUGUGUAUAUUGAUCCGGAAUGUGAUUUGUAUCUGGAACUUCAAUAUUUACACUCAUCUAAGCUUACCAAAUGCACCUGUUUUGAUAUACAACUGUUAGCAUCGAAAGGAAAAAAACCAAAUUUGAAAUCGUUUCAAGAUGUUGAAUCCCUGAUACAACAAGGAAAAAAACGAGAAGCAAAGAUAGUGUUAAGAGAAAACUCAUGGCCCACCAAUUCACCGAUUCGUUCACAGUUGUGGCCAGCGUUGUGCGCUCAACAUCAUGUCGGCAAAACGAUGCUGGACGGGUUUUAUUGGGAUAUGGUGAAUCAGGUUUUUGGUACAACCGAGUUGCCCGAGAAACCUAUAAUGCUACCACCAUUUGUCGAUUCAACGCACUGCCUACCCUAUCAUCUUACGCGAAAAGGACGUGCGGUGGCUGAUAGAGUAGUUAGUGUCCUUGGUUAUGCCUGCCCGGAUAUCACUUACAGCCCUACGUUAUACCCAAUUACCUCCAUUCUGUUACACUUCAUGUCCGAGGAAGAAUGCUACCAUUGCAUGGCUAGCCUUGUGACUCCAAAGGAGAAAGUUUUUAUUACUCAAACUAAGUUAUUGUAUGAAGUCACCUGGAAGACUGUGAUGCAAAUUGCCAAAAAACAUGCGAAAUCUGCUGUUAGCUAUUUAGCUACUAUGUGUAACGGACAGAAACCGGAAUCAAUCUUCAUGGAUUGGUGCUGGUGGAUACUAGGCGGAUUGCCAUUUCCGCAUCUUGUACGGGUGAUGGAUUGCUUUUUCCAUGAAGGAAUAAAGAUAUUCUACCGUGUAUCUUUAGCUAUAUUGAUACUUUUUCAUAAGCACGUCACCUCCUCCAGUAACUCUGAUUGGGACACGGAUGCUAUUAAAAAUGACAUCGAUAAUGCUCUUCCAAAGUUCUGUAAAAACAUACCAGUCUCGCCGGCGAAGCUGCUAAGAACAGCUUUUAGUAUAAGAGCGCUUAGUUCUACGUACAUAUCUAGAGUUUUUUUGAAGACUGAAAUGCUACUAAAAAGUAAGUCAGUUCUAAGUGGACCUAAGCAGAUGGUAAGAUCACGUUCUAGCGAUAAUUUACCGACAAGUCAAUCCCAAAUCAACGUACAAAUGAUGUCUCACACCUUAACGAUUCGUGAGGGAGCGCAUUCUCCUGAUGUGCGAGUGUUGUCCAUGGGAGUAUUUCCAACCCAAGCAAUAAAAAGCAAAAUUUGUGAUCAGGAUACCCUGUUUACAUUAUGGUCCUGGUUACCUGUAAGAAUAACAAUGUAUCAACCCGUGCUAUUGUAUACUACGGAAGAGCACGGAUGUUCCUUGACAACGUUUUACGUUCGGGUAGAACAACAUGAGCCGACACUGUUAAUGAUUAAAACCUGCAACAACGAAGUGUUUGGAGCAUAUUGUUCAUCUAGAUGGUUUGAACGUAAUUUAAAAGACGACCGUGGACAAAGGCAAGCAUAUUUUGGCACGGGAGAAACUUUUCUUUUUUCGCUUUAUCCCGAACGGGCCAAAUAUCCAUGGGUUGGCAUUGAAGGUGACACUGGGCUGGGUCAUGCUUCUGAACUGUUUAUGGCAGCAGAUUCAAAGAUGAUAACUAUAGGCGGCGGAGAAGGGCAAGCUAUUUGGAUGGAUGAAAAUAUAAGGUUUGGUAAGACCGAUCGUUGCCAAACGUUUAACAAUCCACCGCUCUGCGCUUCUGGUGACUUUGAGAUACGAGUUCUAGAAGUGUAUGGAUUUGUAGGAGCAUAA